CUGGGGUCCAAAUGUGGCCCGCCAAGUCGUUUUGUGUGGCCCAUGGGAGCGUAAAAAAACAUUUAAAUCCAGGCAGAGUUUUUUAACCUGGUAAAUUAUUUGUUUUUUUUUUUGCUACAUGUACAAUAACAUAAUAUCAAUUGCAGACACAUUUAAUGUUACGUUAUGGAAUAGCUCCAUAUAUACAGUCUGCUGUUUACAACCGGCCCUUCAAGGGGAACUGAAUUGCUGAUGUGGCCCCCUGGUGGAAAUGACUUUUGACACGCUUGCCUUAGGAUGUUCUCUGGGUAACCUCCCUGGUGUUGGUGCCUGCUACAUGGCCCAGGCGUGGGCAAACGUUUUGAGUCGUGGGCUACAAUUGUCCUAAAAUUAAACACGGGGCUGGGCCUUUUUCUGCUGUCACCUCUCAAUGAAUUGUUUUUUUCUAAUAGCUACAGCUAAUAUAUAUUUGCUGCAGCUGUGCAGGAGUCAGUGUGUAUGUGUGUUUGUGUCAUAACUGAAUUUUGUCCUUCGCUUUAGACUCAGGAGGGAGAUGGGGAAAAAAGGAACAAAAGCUGAAAGAAGGCUGGUGGAGAUGUUUAUGCCUCAGGGGUCUCCCUGCCUCAUUCAUGUUUUUGUCUUGAUGAAACAUAGUAGGAAAAGAAGGAGAAGAAGUGAUGUGAUUGAGAGACGGAGAUUUUGGAAGUUAUUGAUUAAAAAAAAAGCGCCGAAAAUUGUUGUCAUUAAUUUAUAAAAGUGAGGUAAUCGAUAUUUAUCCAUAUCCAUCUUUGAAUCCAAACGAGGAGGGGAGGAGGGGAGGAGAGUGGGAGGAGUCUCAGAGGAACGUGAGCAAAGGGAGCAGCAGGAGAGGAGGAAAAGCUCUGACACAGUCUGUGUGGCUGAUGACGACGAUAAAAGUGGGAAAAAGAGGAAGGGAAGAGAAGAAAACCGAGACAGUGAUGCAGGGAACGUGAGGAUGAAGCAAGGUUAUGAACAUCAUUAUCAGGGAGAAAGAGAGAAAAAAAAAAAAAUGCUGGAUUACAAAUAAGACCAAAAAGGGUUGUAGGUAGUGUUUUCAUCCCAAGAUGGAGCUGAAAAACCUUGACUGUUUUGAAAUGAAAAGUUGAGAUGAAUCAUUGGGAUCAUGCCAGUUUGGUAAUGGUUGGUUAUCAGGUCUGACACGUUGUGUCCUGUUUGCUGGUGAUGCUAAAGCCUGUCUCCGUUAAAUUGGAUAUUUAGAGUCUUUUUUUUUAGCCGAAACCAACUCCAUUUUGCUGCAAGUUGAGUUUUCGCUGUCCUACAUAUACCUACGUCUGUCUCAUUGGCCACGAAGAUAGCACCGUGCGGUGUCCUAUAUACAGACAGAUGCCACGGCCACCGCACCGGUAACUAAACUUGUUUUUGCCCGGGGUGAUUUCUGCAUUUCGGGAGUGAGGCAUCUGCAGUGUUUUUGUAUCUAGUCAGUGUUUGACCUUCUGAGUCAGCAGCAGUGUUGAGACUGUUGAGAAAGAAAAGGAGGAAAGGAGACCAAUGGAGGGAGAGAGGGAGUGUCUACAGGAAAAAAGACACCGAUAGAAAGGGAGCGAGCGAGAGAGAGGGGGAGAGAGAGAGAGACGGACGGAGCAAGAGAGAGAGACACGGACAGACAGAGACUUGGUGCGGAAGAGUCGCCGUGUUCGUUCUGCUGGACUAGAAUCAUGUCACCUUUUCUACAAAGAGACGUUUCCUUCUUCACGUCUUUGGACUAUUGAUUUUUAUUCAUUUAUUAAAAAUUUUUUUUUUUUUUUUUUUUUUUGCAAAACCGUCAAAUUUUCUCAAACGUACCAUAUGAUGUCCUCACCGGACAAUCCCCCAGGUUGCCCUCCUUCCCGCCCCCCUCCUCUCUCUCGCGUGGGUGAGCACCCUACAGUGGGAGAGGCGGUUAGGACUGUUGAGAAAGACGCCCCGUUGAGGCUGUCACCGUUCCGCAUGCUUCGAGUCCUGGACUCGUGCCGUCCCCCAGGUAUCCGUAUCGGUAUAGUCCAUGAAAACAUAAAGAUGGGAUCAGACGGAGAGAGUGACCAGGCAUCUGGAACCUCGUCUGAUGAAGUCCAGAGUCCAGUCAGAGUCCGGAUGAGGAACAACCACCACAGACGCAUCUCUAAUGAGGACAUAAACAAACGCCUGUCACUCCCUGCUGACAUCCGGUUACCUGAAGGUUAUCUGGAGAAGUUUGCCAUGAACAGUCCACCGUUUGACAAACCAAUGAGCCGAAGACUGAGACGAGCCUCACUGGUCAGUGUGUGUGUGUGUGUGUGUGCGUGCAUGUUUACAAAGCAGCGCUGAAACAAGUUUGGUUUUAUCUUCGCUUGUUGAACCAGUAACGACAGACCGAGACGGAUUAUUGGUCGUACGGGUCAGGGUUUCUUUGUCGGGUAACAGUUCAGGAAUAUGUUGUGUGAGUGUUAUAUUUAAUUGUGUGUCUGUUGUGCAUUUAGGAUGUGACAUACAUGUGUGUAUAAGAACAUGGGCUGCAGGAAUGUUGGCUGUCUGAUUGACUUGUUAUGAACAAUUAAUUAUAUUGAAUUAAUUGCAACUUAAUUCAAUAUAAAAAUAAUACAUAUUUUUAAGAAUAUAGUGGAAUUUAGAUUUUUACAGAUAAAUCAGAAAUAGCUGAAAUGGCCAGAAAAUUAAAAAGAAAAAAGUAAAAAAAAAAAAAAGAGAAAAAAAAGGGUCAAAGGUAGUAAAAUAAUUUUAAAAAUUGCACCAAACUUAGUAGUCUGAAAGUAGCCAAAACUUGGUAGUAAAAGUUUGGAUUUAGUUUGUUUCUAUAGGUUGCCCUUAGACUGUCAAAACUCUCCAGGGAAUCGACCACUUUUACCCCACAACGACCAACAUUAGUUUUUCAUUUCAACCCCAAAUAGUAUUUAACAAUAGAAAACAAUGAAUGAAAAAUGAAUGCAUAAAGGAGUAAAUGAUUGAUCUUCGUAAGUUAAGUUUUUCUUUUUUUAUUUGUAUAGUACUUUUCACUGAAAGAAUUUACUAUUAAGUACCUCAGUUAAUAUCGACAUAAUAUAAACUGUAAUACAACCCAAGCUUAGCUAAAAGCCUGUUUGAAAUACAAAACAAAGACAGACAGCAACAUAAAAAAAUACACAAACAAAAAUGAAAUCUACACCCUGUUAAAAGCACGUCUAGACAACUGGGUCCAUAGCUGCCCUUUAAAAGUCUCGGCUAUAGUAGUCUGGGGUCACUGAUCGAAGUUAGUUAAGUUAGUUAGUAGUUUUAAGAGGAUCUGAGAGAACGUGCAGUUCUACACUUUCAGCAGCUUAGAAAUGUAAGCCUGACCAGUUAAAAAAUGAGAACUCCCAAAAAAAAAA